AUGGCAACAGUAGCCAACCUCCUCCGCAACCGCGCCGUCCCCGUCUCCAUCGCCGCCGGCCUCGGCGGCCUCUUCUGGUGGCAGACGCGCGGCGGCAAGAACCAGCCCCGCGGCGUGUCGGAGAAGUACAGCGCCACCGACACGGGCAACCGGGACAUUUCCGAGACGCUGCAGAACCUUGGCGGCACGGGUGGGCAGUACGCUCGAAAGGGGCCGCUGGAGGAGGAUCCCAAGGAUACUAGGGUUGUCUCCCACAGCCCGGCCGCGUACUCGAAGCGGAACCCGGAAAAGACAGGUGUCGCGCCCUUGGGACAUUCGACUGAUACUAAGGAUUAUGGUGGAAACAAGGUCUAG